AUGUCGGGCGCUUCACCGACUGUCUUUCCCUGGGAGUGCAGGGACCGGGAGGACCAGGCCAAGGCGGCCUUUCAGCAUCCUCUUCGACGUGCCAAUCAGUCUCUUGCCGAGGAGAACAUGCGACUCAAGCGCAUCCUCCGAGAGAAUGGCAUUUCCUGGUCUCCCAUCGCCUUGAGCCACAUGCAGCAGCUCAACCCGCUGAAGCGCAAGACCCGAUCCUCCAUGACUGCUCAGGAGCUUGGCCGUCCUUAUCUGCCCAUGGAAGUCCUUCUGCGCAUCCUCAAGUUCGCUAUGCAGUCACCUCACCCUAUCAUUGACCCACUGUCCCCUCUCACACCCGAGAAUCUGUCCGACAAGGAGAAGGCCCAUGGCAACCAUAUCGCUAUUCAUUUCCUCGCUACCUGCAAGGCCCUUCACGUUGAGGGCACUCGUUAUCUCUGGGAGUCGAACCAGUUCACGUUUACCACCCCUCAGGCCGUCCGCGCUUUUGCCGAUCUGCCCUCCAAGUUCCGUCAAGGCAUCACUCAUGUCAACUUUCGCAUCAUUGCCAAGUACUACGAUGAUCAGCGUGGUCGCCGUCACAAGCUCGACCGUUGCUAUCACUCGGAUCUGAGAAAGGACCAGCUUUUGAAGGUUCAGCUGCGUCCCACCGAGUCUCCUCUCAUCCGCGGCGGGUUCCGGUGCUACACCUGGAACCAGAUUGUCGACUUUCUCGAGGGGCUUCGUGCUCCCUUCGAUCCGAGUUACCGGAACAAGAAGCAGCCGCGACCUAGACUGCUGCCAUCUCUCACGUCUCUGCGGGUCGACCUGGUCAACUUUUCCGACACCCUUCUCCCAUUCUCCGGGUCAGAGCUGCACGACAUUUGCUCUCAUGAGCUCGGCUGCACCCUGAAUGAGCUCCAGCUCACGGGAAUGCCUUUUGAUGAUGCCGGGAUGAAGGCUUCAGCUGAGAUGAGUGGCAUGCUCAAGGAUGAAGGCCUCUAUCUCGACGGACCAGCGGCAUACAUUGCCCAUUCUCGCUACCUGCAGCCUCUUUCGGGAAAGAGAUGGUGCGCCAGGGUCAUCCGCGCUUGGAAGGCCAAGGAGAACCCCGAUGACGAUAGCGACGACGACUCUGACACUAUCCACGGCCACUCUCACGGCCACGCAAGACUCGGAGCCCUUCCACCCGCUCCCAAGGAAGAGGGACACCCAACUUCCAACCGCGACGAGGAGAGCGUCAUCUGGAAGCGAGUUCCCACCUCCCGCGAUGUCGAGAGUCGAGAGUGGAUUCAGUUUUCUCGAUUUAGCGGAUACGAGAUCAGUGAUCUCGAUUGGGACAGUGAUGAGGAAGGCAUCUGCCCCUGCUGUGGAGAAUCUCACCCAGGCUCGUCCUUCCUGGACUUUCUACUCGAUGAAGACAAUGCUGACUGA